UAUUCCUUUUGAUUCUCAGUAGGGCAUGAGUCAUCCAGCCUUAUCCUGGCAAGCCAUCGACGAGGCUCAACCUGGUCUUAUUGACGUACUCAUACCCUCGUAUAAAUUAGAGCAACUCACCCAAAAAAAAUGGUUAAGGCAGUUAUAAAAAGCAAUAAAGUGACUAGAGCCUUAUGAAUUAUGCGCCCAACCUUUCUUUUCUUCAUAUCCGAAAUCGCAGCCUUGUCAUUGGUGCCCGUUCCUAGCCUAUCAGUUGGCGUCGGGUUCGUCUUGGACCAAACCCACGGGGUAGCUAGCAUCGCGGCGCGAGAUGGAAUGAUCUGCAAUGUUGCCAUGAUCCCAGGUGACGAGGCAUACCGCGAAUAUAUGCGCAACGUCACGACUGGCCCCUGGCACAACGGUGUUGCCAUUGAUUACCCGACAUACAAGUCGACACAGCAAACGGAAUUUGGAAACUAUACGCCCCUGGAAACGAUGCUUCGAGAGCUAAGCAGGGCUACAAGCGAGCAGGUCUACCGCCGGUUGCGAGAGCAGUGGCACACCGGAGUAAGCAUAUCGCUGCCGCUGGCGUUUGCAGACCCGGACUACGAAGAGCGCUUCGAGCUUGACUUUUUACAUUCACUGCUUUCUCUAAGAGCUAUCGACUAUCAAAGAGGCGAGUCUGGGGCGACGGCACUCGCAGUGAGAGGCGGCAUCUGUCUGGCCGAGACACACCCGCUGCUUCCUGCGACAACGACGGCGAAUCCGCCGCUGCAGCGGUUUGCGGCUUCGGCAGCGAUAUCCCUGUCACGAUUGGACAAUCAAGUUGCAUUGAAACGCUUUGGAAGCUACAAUGUCCAUUUUGGGUGUUCACUGGACCCCGAGCUUCUGAGAAGUUGGGAAAUGGCCAAAUGGGCGUCGGACGAGACGGAGUCAGACGAGCAAUUAACCAUUGAUAGCGAAUAAAUAACACCUAAGUUAGUGACUGCAACUUUUAUCACAUUACAGUGCAUGCCGGAUGCUCAAGACGGUGACAUAGAAGACCCCUAUGUUUGAUAAAUGAUAAUUCUACGAGAUUGAAAAAAAGAGGAAACAACGACAUUGUUAUGGUGGGCCGACGCAUAGAAGCCUUCCAUGCAUUAGAACACCCAAGGCAGGCUGGAUAAGGACACA